AUGCUUCCGUUCAAGGUUCUCUCAAUGGAGGAGACAGUCAUAGGUCAGUUCGUCAGAGCAUAUGCAACCAGUGCUCAGAAGGGCUCAAUUGACUGUCUGCACUUAGCUGCGAACCCGAUCUCAAAAAAUGGGUAGGUUCGGCAUACACACAGGGCAGUCGUAAGAACCUCGGAGCUGCACUGCUGCAGACAGCGACGCCCAAAAGGUCGUGCUGUUUAUCGCAACUCCACUGUCACGGUAGAGUUUGUCCAGUAAGAUUGUUGUUUUUAAGGUGAACCUACGUAUCCGGGGCCUAAGAAGGCGCAAGGAAAAUUUACACCGUUCAGUAUGUCAAUACGCAGGUCAGUCAGUGGUUUUGCUAAGAGACUGCCCUGUGUGCGGGCAGAGUGAGACAAGGGAGACUAGAAUGUCCACUUCUGGCCUUAUAGCCGUCAUCAAGCAGCCACACCAAACCCCAAUAUUGGAACCCCUAGAAUUCGGGUCGGGGAUCCUUGGUCAAUAAGUCGAAGGCUUUAUCAGUUGAGUAACGAGCUUCUUGUUCUGUCGGUUGCGAUCUGGAAGAUUGGCAGUAAUCUCGUUUUUGCCUAUACUACUAGUUGCUCUGCGACUGCCCGUGGGGCUUUUAUAGGGUUCCACCAGCUGCCAGAGAAAUGUCACGAAAUGCGGGCAUACAUCUAAAAUGCAAUCGAGGACAUGACGAAAGCUUUUGACACGGCAAACUAGGGUAGACACUGGAAAACCAUACAGAAAGCCGGAUGUCCUGAGCAGUUCACGCACAGGGUGCUUCAACUCCACGACCGCAUAAUGGAGUGUGUCGCAGACCGUUCGACCAUCUAAGAAGCAUAGGCAAUAACCAACGUAUAGAGCAGGGUUACAUACUUACUCCCACCCUCUUCAGCCUUGUGUUCUCUGCACUGCUGAUGGACACCUACAGUACGUGACCUAUGUCAUGAAACCUGGUGACGGAAACUGAUGUGAGAAUUUCUGGACGUCUUUAACUUUGAGUAUUCGCUUGCUCAUCCAGCCCCUUCGAUGAAAUGUCCUUUUCUUGUGCAGAAAUUGUGUUUACGUAAGUAUAUCCAGCAAAAUAUUAAUAAAUUUUAGCGAAAAUGGACGUUGCAAUGUAUUUGUGCAAUUUCCUAUGCUAAUACCUAUCCUAGACUUCGGCUGCGCAUCCGAGCGUGUUUCUCAUUGAAAGGAGAGUAAUUUGCCCGCGAGAGUUUUAAUAAACAGAGGUUGCCAGAUUUGAAAAUUUACUUUAUGUCCGAUGCUAACCGUGGUAAUCAACUUGCUAAAACAAAGGUUAUUUUAAGAGAACCAUAUGUUCUAUCGAUUUUUAAAAGUCCUUUUAACAGGUCAACAGAGUGCGAUAUUAAAGCACUUCUCAAAGAUGUGACUUACUAGAGAAAGUUUUCUUAUUGAUCGAAGGCGUAUUCGUUGCUGUAUUUCGUUAUGGACUGCCGUUUUAUUUGAAAAUGAAGUCUCAUGUUUGAAUGAGUCUUUAAAUGUGACCUAAACCUCCUUCCUUAUGAAAAAGAUCGCCCAAACACUCACUAAUCCGGUAAACGCCUUCAAGAAGUAUCUUAUUUUAGAGUUUGUAACAGAAAGAUUUGGAAAGAAAUUCGGAAUUUGUCUUUAUGGGCGAUGGGAGGGGGGGGAAGGGGGGACACUGAAAAUAAUGAAGUAUUCAGCAAUAUUUUAAGGCCGAUUUGAACCUCAACGAAAUCCAAAACGAACAAAAAGUGCAAAUUAAUUGGACGGAAGAAAAGUUCUCUCUACAGACACAAAAUGCUUUGUUUACGACCACGCCUGUCAGUUCUAUUUACAUUUAUUAGGUACCGAUCCGCCUGGCAGCAUGUGGCCCUAUGGAAACGUUUGUUCCAACGACGUCCCAAUUGGCGAAAUCAAGCAAAAUUCCGUUUCUCUUGUUAAACCGCAUCUCAUUCAACUCAAACAAGUCAUGAAUACCACGAAUCUCUGGAAGACUGUUUUGGAAUCUAUACUCAGAAUGUAGGCUGUUCUCAAACCGUCAUACAUGAAAUUGCACUAAUUCUUAAAGGAUAUUUAGAUACAAACUUCACUGAAACAUUAUUUUUGAACGUUAUUUUAUGUGUACUUUCAUAUUUACUACGUUUUUUGCACGAGAAGAGAGUCUAUACAUCUAAAAGCAAAGUUUACUACAUUAAGACCAUUUUUGUCGUUUUCGGGAUUUUUCGAUUUUCUAAAAACGGAAUUUUGGAGCAGGACAACACUGACUUCAUUAUUUCUUUCAUGUUUUUGAUUCUUUCAAAGCAGUACUUAAUUAACAUAGACGUUGGGUCCAUGAAUUGGUGUCGGUUUACGAGUGGUUUGCAAUCAUUCUUAAAGUUCGACAUAUAUCAUGGCUUUCCCUAGUCCUGUCAGCCACCUCUUCCAAACUCAGCGUCAGUUGGUUGACCGGCUCGGAAAGUCGACUGCAGCAAGGAAAAGGGUGCAAUGAGUGAGGUCGGCUCUCAGCGCAUAAUUCCCCACUAGAAACAAUCGAACGCUCUUAAAUCUACCACUAUGUGCUAAAAGCCGUGCCUUGGAAGGCUGCCAACUGACGGGAUAGCAUGUUUAUCAUCGGAGGAUGGAAGGCUAGGCUGCAAUGGCUCCUCCUUUUUGUGGUCUCUAUGGCAGUCCUAGUCAGUUGGGAUCCGGCCAUCCCCCUUUUUCUUGUUGUAUAAAAUUCUGGUUCCUUUUUACGUGGUUGAGCAGGGGGUGGGGGGGUGGUACGCCUAGGUGCGGUUUUCCUGUCGUGUCAGCUACCUGCUCUCUCUUCCACCUCUAGUGUUCUUGAAUCUGUCAUAAUACAAGGUUCAUGUGGGAGAGCAGGAGGGAGUGCGAUUGAUGCUAUACACGUCUACUAUUACUAUAAACUUACGUACACGCAAGUCACAGUCCCUGCUAUCAUCCCGCUGUGGGUCACACAGUGGUCAUCGCCGGAAGCGACGGUCGUAUUGUCACAUCAAGCGGAAAGGCACAACGAAACGAGCAUGUCCCGUAUCGCGAUCGGUGAACGCAAUUCAAACAUAGUUGAUUUUCCCGAUCGGAACCGAGAGGACAACGAGCCCUGGGUCAAUGAUUAAGGCAUUCGUCUCGACGACCUAUGGUCCCCAGUCUGAAUUGCAGAUCAUCCCAAAUUGGGGUUGGGUGUGGCUGGCUGAUGACGUCAAAUAAGCCAGAAAUAACGACCCCAGUCUCCCAUGUCUUUGUCGAUAAUAACAUUCAGCACAUACUCGACAAUGCCCUGUUCAAAGCUUAGUCAUUGGAGAAAGCCCGUUAGUCAGCGAAUCCAAUCCGAUUUUUGAACUGUGACCAGUCCCUUGUAGUUUUGGUUAUAAUUACUCAGUAAAUGGGAAUUCCAAGUAGGAAGAGAUUGCCACCGAGCACCGUCGUGCCGCGCUGCCUCCACCGGGGCAAAAAUACCCGCCCCAUAGGAUGCAGUUUUUCCGAGCAUUUCUGCAGAAUCUCAUACACUCUCAAUCAGCCGGUCCAGUCAAUAGCAGGACCUCAAUCAGACUGAGAAGGAGUGAAAAUACCCUAGGUGACGAUGAGCAACCAAUUCAGGCAGCUUCCAAACUUUCCUAAUUGAUAUUCAAAGUUGAUCGACAAUUGUAUUGAAGGUCUGGCAGUAUGGAUGUUUACGUUGUGCACAGACCGUGGAGGUCCAAUGUGGCAUUGACUAUAUCUACCCUUGUUGGAGCAACAGCAGCAACCUGUGACCGUUUUUGUUCAUUUCACCUGGUGUUUCUCCAGGACGGUGUUUUAUUGGAUGCUGCUAGCAAUCUUCUGGGUCAAACGGAAAGCCAACAAGCAAUACAACACUAAGGCAAUGUAUGCAUACACGAAACGAGAGCGAAAUCACUUAAUGUCUACGUAACAAAUCCUUCUUCUUAUGCCUUCCCCUCGACAGGUUGUGGAUGAUAUGAGGGUUGGGGGACGACGACGACGACAGGGAUUUCCUACACGUAAUGUCGAAUUAAUUUCCAAACUCCUUGAACGAUGUGCAAUUAAGAUUUUGAAAAUUUAAUUGUCAAAAUCAUGUUCGACUUCGGAAGUCCUAGUUUGGGUGACAAAUUGGCCUGCAGCAAUGGGAAAGGCGUGCGGAGAUAGGGAGUUUUCAAACAGCCUAGCCCUUCUCCAAACGUGCACAGGAUGAAAAGAGGGCGACUGAGUGGAACGGACUUAGAUUGAAAAGAAAAUAGGAGGCAGUAUAACGAGGCACUUUCCAUGGAUCCCGUAGACGGACAAGUUGGCCAAUAAAAGAAGACAAUCGCACGAAGCGUCCAUGGUGAUCAGACAUCCUUUGUCUUUUGUGACGCGAAGAAGAAACGAGAUUUGGAGCAAAGUUAGUCCUAAUCCUGCUGUGAUGGGUCUUAUUCUUCAAGCUAUAAUUUCGACCAGUUUUUCUUAGACUGUGUGCACAUGUACCUGAAUCCACAUGAAAAAUUGGUUAGUCAUUUCGUUUCAGGACAGUGAAGAUUGAUUAAGAGAAGACCAUCGGAGCUGUCAAGUCAAGACCACAAUCACCGAAUACAUAAGUGAAGAGUCUGCACUGUACCAGCCAGAGCACCAGUAUUUCCCAUGACGCACCAGCCAGGUAAGUUUAUUGUUUGACCUGCUCCCCUGGGAACCGGACACAACACCUUAUUAAGUAUGUAAGCCACGAUCACGUCCUGAAAACUGACGUGAGUGGGAUGGGUUCUUCGACGAAACCCAGUCCUCUCACGGCGGCAGGACGCCUCGACAAUGUUUCUGUUCAAAGCUUACUCAAGGGAGAAGGCAAUCGUAGGCCAGUUCGUCAACGUAUCCGCAAACACCACUCCGAAGGUUCGACCGACUGUCCGCGUUUAGCUGUAGAUCUGAUCUCAUAAGGAAUAAGCUCGGCGUGUACACGAUGUAGUCACAAUUUCCUCGAAACUGCAGAGUUGCAGACGGCUACGUUCAACAGGUCGUGCCGUGCAUCUUACCUCCUCUCUUGCUGUGAAGCUUGUCCAGUAUGAUCGUUGUUUCUGUAGCGAACCUUCGUAGUCAGGGCCUAGUAAGACGCAAGGAAGAUUUGCACUCGUCAGUAGGUCAGUGCUCAGGUCAGUCAAUGUUUUUGUUAGGAAGGUUGGAGACUGCCGUGUUUAACAGCCGUUAGGUUCCCGCCCCGACAAUACCAUGUCGGUGACAUGCAUCUGGCUGAUAGAGCUACCUAACCGGUUAACGAGGCAACCAAAUCUGCAUGAUUGCUCUUACCCGCCGCCACUCAAAAAAUGCCCGAAUAUCAUCUCUGGAUCCCUACUCCAACGAAUUUAUGACUGUUAAAUUAACCCCGACUUUGAGUAGAAAAGAAGAGGAGGUUGACUGAAGUUGGCGCACAAAAGAGUAUGCAGUGCAAAGGAGCAGAUGAGUGGAAGUUAGAGAUGAAGGAGAUAAUGUGAUCUUAGUUCUGAAUGUUUGACAAAAGUCUCCCCAACAUUGUGCUUUAGGGGAAGCCAAAACGUCCGUUUCUCUUUCUCUCUCUUUCUUGAUUAGUGAACUAUGCUUGUCGUGCAAAGCUUAAUUCGCUCUCAACACUCUGUGUAUUAAUGUAACCUCGAGACUGUCAUGCAGUAUCACGAGCACACAAGGAAUCGCAUUGAUAGCAUAGGCGGCAAAUAAUUAGUCUCCUGUGGUAAAGGAGAAAAUUGUUUGUGGGCGGACAGAAGGGACUGGGAAAUGGCAGCACGCCUUGAGAAACCCGCUGAAUAAUUUUGACGAGAAUAGGAAAGGGGGGGGGCGAGGGGGCUGCCUUUUAUAUUCCAAUUAAGGAAAUAGCAUUACUGAUGAUGAUGAUGAUGAUGAUGAUGAUGAUGAUGAUGAUGAUGAUGAUGAUGAUGAUGAUGGUGGUGGUGAUGAUGAUGAGAAAGAAUCUAGAGAGUUUGUGUGUGCCUGCUGGGUCGUUUGGCUGAUCUGACACCAGCCCCCACAUUCGGUCUUCAACGCACCCUAGGCUGGACACUUCGUAGUUAUGUUUGUUUUCUGUUAGCUGACCCACCCUUGCAAGACGUGCAUUUGUGAAAUCGAUCGGACGCACAGGGGCAAAACAACAUUCCCUCGCUCAAAAAAUCUCACACACAGUUGACUGGUAUGCCUACCCUAACUCUCAUGGGGAACGUUUUACCCAAGAAGUGACUGCCAUUUAGGUGAUUCACGUCUCUCUCUCUCUCUCUCUCUCUCUCUCUCUCUCUUUUCAGGGGUGGUCGCUUACCCGAGUUCAUACAUCGUCUGACGAUGGGCCAGUAUGCAGCACAGCUGCUUGUGAGUAAGGUAUAGGAUCAAGACAGCUUGGGAAGCUUUUUCUUAGUGGAAGUUUUGGAUAGUCUUUGACAAUCUGCCCGCGUAGUCUCUUGGGAGGCUGAAACGUAAGAGUGCCUCAAAAUGCCUUCGGAGGUGAAUUACACACCUCCACUCAGGCUGAUGAGAUGGGAGAGUAGGCUUAUAUUUUCAAGUAGGCGAAAUUUCCGACGAAAAUAACUCGAAGUGGCAUGGCCUACCACAAGUGAGGAAUGUAGGUGUACUUGCUAUUUAAAUGAACAUUUGCAAUGAGAUCUUAAUUUCGCUUAAGGACGCGUGGACGCAGAAAACAAAGGGCCGCAGAAUUUGAACAUACGUGACGCAUAAUAUUAAACGACUAAUAAAAAAGAUUAUGUUAUGCGGCGAUUGACGUAUUACGAGGUAUACCCUUGUAAAAUGCAUGGUUUGCAUAAAAUUGAAAAAAAUAUUAGGUACUUUCGAGAAAUAUAAAUGAGUACAAACCAGCAGAAUUUUACUGGAUUCAGAUGCGACAAUGAGUCUCUGCUAGACAGAUUGUACAGCGUGGAUGUUACCUGAGAAUAAUCUAUUAAGACGAUGGUUGUUCUUGUACUAGGGAGCUCUUUUGCCCCGAACAAGGUCUUCUUGAUAAAAAGAAUGUAUUCUAAAGUAGUUUCAGACCCGACAAUCUCAUGCGAACAAACAUUUCAAAUUGCACGCGCGGAGGCCUUGCUCUAUGUUUAAUGUGACCCGAAAAGCACGGUAUGCAGACCCCUAUGGUGUAUGUCUGUGGAUUCGUGGGAAACCAUCGUCCUGAUGGAGGCGGAGGAGAAUGGCUGGCUGCCCAUGCGUCCUCGACAAUAUGCCCCCAUGGGCACUCAACUGUUUAUUGUACUCCUCGUAAAUCGUCACAUGGGCUGUGGCACGUGCAUCCCAGCAUUCCAAGACAAUCAACCAACAGCAGUUUCUGCAAACUGUCGUGUUGUUCCGGCAUACCCUAGUGCGAUUUUUACUGCAGAUGAUGAUUUGGGUCACUUUGUUGAUUUCCAUAAAGUUGAACUCUCAUAACUGAAGUUAGGCAGUCUUCCAAACGAAUUCCGACGUCGUAGUUAGGCUUUAAUAAUUAAGAGAAGACGUUAAGGCAACCACUAAGGCUGGGUCAAGUUUCUUCAUCUUCUACCUAACUAGAGUCACUGACAUUUAGUCCCCCUAUUUCCAAUGAAGUCAAGGCGACAGUAGCUAUCGACGACGGGAAGCCAGUACUAUGCAGUGACUAGGAAAGACUAUACGAUAGGUAACACUAAGAGCUCGAAAGACGAUAUUUACUUUGUAAGAAUUUCAUGCAAUAAGGAAAUUGUGCGACCCAAAUCUACUCAUAUUACAGGUGGCCCGGAGGGCUGUUACAGGAGAUCUAGCUAGAAGCCAGACCAAUCCAUGCUUUUCUACUCUAGUAGAAAAUCGUUAGUGCGAGGACAGAAGGGACAGGGAAAUGGCAGCACAAUUUGAGAAACCCGCUGAAGAAUUUUGACGGGAAUAGGGAAGAGGGAGUGCGAGGGUGCCGCCUUUUAAAGCAUCAUUGAUUAUGAUGAUGAUGAUGAUGAUGACGACGACGACGACGACGACGACGACGACGACGACGACGACGACGACGACGACGACGAAGACAACGACGAUGAUGAUGAUGAUGAGAAGGAAUCCAGAGAGUUUGUGCAUACCUGCUCGGUCGUUUGGCUGAUCUCGCACCAGCUUCCACUUUCGGUCUGCUAA